AGUGAUGCGGCGGGACUGCGGGCUGGUUUAGGAAAAGCGGGACUGUCUGGUGGGCACUGUGUAUUUACGUUAAUUAGUGGAAUUUGGACUUCUGCUGCCUAUCCGAUCCUCAUGCUGCUGUACCAGAAAAGUGUGCUUAAAAACGAGCUGUACAGAAAGCAGUGUAGCGGAAAGAUGCUGCUACCAUAGCAACCGCCCUCCCUUGCGAGUUCUGUAGCGCACUGACAGCAGGGGCAUUAGUCCAACCACUGCCCGAGGCUGCUUCCACAGACAGUUUGGAACUUGCCAGUCACUGUUUGAACUGAAGGCACUCUAUUUUGAAAAUUUGUCAAGGCAAAAGGCAACCAUGGAAAAGAACAUUAACCAACGAAAGCUACGUGUAUGUGUUGCUACUUGUAACCGAGCGGAUUACUCCAAACUGGCCCCUAUUAUGUUUGGCAUAAAAGCAGAACCGGACCACUUUGAACUGAGUGUAGUAGUUAUAGGCUCUCACCUUAUUGAUGACUAUGGCAAUACUUAUCGUAUGAUCGAGCAGGAUGAUUUCGAUAUUCAGGCAAGAUUACAUACGAUUGUUAGAGGAGAGGAUGAAGCCUCAAUGGUCGAGUCAGUUGGCCUUGCUUUGGUGAAGCUUCCGGAUGUUUUAAAUCGUUUGAAUCCAGACAUAAUUGUUGUCCAUGGAGAUCGAUUUGAUGCAUUGGCCUUAGCAACAUCUGCUGCAUUAAUGAACAUUAGAAUUCUUCACAUAGAAGGCGGUGAAGUCAGUGGUACCAUAGAUGAUUCUAUCAGACACUCUAUCACCAAACUGGCUCAUUACCAUGUCUGCUGCACCCGAAGUGCAGAACAGCAUCUGAUUGCUAUGUGUGAGGACCAUGACAGAAUCCUUUUAGCAGGAUGUCCCUCCUAUGACAAACUUCUCAGUGUGAAAAAUAAGGACUACAUGAGUGUUCUAAAAAUGUGGCUCGGUGAUGAUGUCAAGAGUAGGGAAUAUAUUGUGGCCUUGCAGCACCCAGUGACGACUGAUAUUAAACAUUCAAUUAAGAUGUUUGAGUUUACAUUGGAUGCCCUUCUCUCCUUCAACAAGAGAACACUAAUACUUUUUCCAAACAUUGAUGCAGGAAGUAAAGAAAUGGUACGAGUAAUGAGGAAAAAGGGUGUGGAGCACCACCCAAAUUUUCGAGCUGUGAAACAUGUUCCAUUUGAACAGUUCACCCAAUUAGUGGCUCAUGCCGGAUGCAUGAUCGGAAAUAGCAGUUGCGGAGUCCGUGAAGCUGGGGCGUUUGGCACCCCAGUCAUCAAUUUGGGAACUCGUCAGACAGGAAGAGAAACGGGUGAAAAUGUGCUUCACGUUCGUGAUGCAGAUACCCAAAAUAAAAUAAUUCAUGCACUUCAGCUGCAGUUUGGAAAGCGGUAUCCCUGUUCAAAGAUCUAUGGUGAUGGAAAUGCCGUCCCACGGAUUGUGAAGUUUUUGAAAUCAGUCAGUCUUGAUGAACCCCUUCAAAAGAAGUUCUGUUUCCCUCCAGUAAAAGAAAGCAUCUCUCAAGAUAUUGACCACAUUCUGGAAACUUUAAGUGCUUUGGCUGUAGAUCUUGGAGGGACAAAUCUACGAAUAGGCAUUGUCAGCAUGAAGGGUGAAAUAAUAAAGAAGUAUGUGCAGCCUAAUCCUAAAACAUAUGAGGACAGAAUAGAACUAAUUUUAAAAAUGUGUAUUGAUGCUGCAGCUGAAGCUGUUAAUCUAAACUGCAGGAUUCUGGGAGUGGGCAUUUCUACAGGAGGUCGUGUAAACCCACAGGAAGGUAUCGUGCUUCAUUCCACAAAACUUAUACAAGAGUGGAGCUCUGUGGACCUUCGAACUCCAAUUUCUGACACACUACAUCUACCAGUAUGGGUAGACAAUGAUGGCAAUUGUGCUGCACUGGCAGAGAGGAAAUUUGGCCAAGGCAAAGGAAUAGAAGACUUUGUGACCGUUAUUACUGGCACGGGGAUUGGAGGAGGAGUCGUUCAUAACCAUGAGUUGGUUCACGGCAGCUCUUUCUGUGCCGGCGAGCUGGGCCACAUCAUGGUGUCCUUUGAUGGGCCAGAGUGUAUGUGUGGCAGCAGUGGGUGUGUAGAAGCAUAUGCCUCUGGAAUAGCCCUUCAAAGGGAAGCAAAAAAGCUUCAUGAUGAUGAUCUGCUGCUGGUUGAAGGCAUGACUGUGAAGAAUGAUGAAUCUGUGAGUGCAAUUCAUCUGAUUCAAGCUGCAAAAUUUGGCAAUACCAAAGCAGCCAACAUUCUCAAAACAGCUGGUACUGCUCUGGGCAUUGGCAUUAUAAAUAUCCUCCACACUAUAAACCCAUCGCUGGUGAUCUUAUCAGGAGUCCUUGCAAACCAGUAUGUGAAUGUGGUGAAGGACGUGAUACGCCAGAGAGGUUUGGCUUCAAUUCAGGACGUCAAUGUUGUCGUGUCCAAUUUAUCAGAUCCUGCUCUUCUAGGAGCGGCAAGCAUGGUGCUCGAUUAUACCACACGCAGAACAUACUAAUGGCCCAGAACCUUGUGCUGCCAAGAGACUCUCACCUCUUCUACUCUCUAGCCCUGAUCAGGACUAAAUUAUUUAAUAUUUAAUAUUUUAUGGGAAAGACUUCAAAUCUGGACGUUGUGCAAUCGUUUCUGGUUUUAUUAGUUUUAUAGUAUUUGUACAUAACGUUCAUAUGAACUCUGUGGAGGGUUUUUAUUUUAAUCCAUGAAAAGCUUGUUCGAAGCCACCUUUGCUGAUGAAAGAUGAUCGUGGAGAUUGACACAAGUCCCUAUGAUUAAAGUAGAGCAGGUAAAUAUUGCCACAUGGACCUAGACCUUUUUUUUUUUUCCUCUUAAGGCACAAGCCUUUUCCUCGUUCAUGUCUGACUCAAACACGGACAUUGGUCUGUUUAUAUGUUCAUGUCUCUUCUUAUUGUUAUUGUUCUGUCUGUACCCUAGUAUCUAUGUGGGGAAAAAUGGUCUUUAUCGAAGGUGGUUUCAUGCAGCCACCAUCCAAGAAGAUGUAUGAACCAAUAGACACACCUGCUCUUAGAGAAGAAGGCAAGAGAUAAUCACCUACCUAAUAUUGUGUGCUCCUGUUUGCUAAUAAAAGUGCACUGGCCCAGGCUGCUAUUGUAGACUGCCAUCUUCUGGUCUGAGUGCACAUGUGCAGUAGAGUGAAAAAGUAGAGCAAAAAGACAGCAUUGAACAUGAAUACUGGUCUGGGAAUGAAGAGACUAUCUGAGAAGCAGAGAAGGAUUAUAAUGUCAUUCUCCUACAGAACCCAAUGCAUUUUUCAGUAAAAGUUAAGGUAAGGGAUCCUAAUCACUGCUAAAUAUUAGGCACCCCCCCCCAAGUGAUUGUAACUUCUCCAUUACGAUGCAGCAAUCUGGGUGGGAUAGCGGCUAUAGCUAUAUGCUACCCAGUUAUUUGUGCAGCCCCACAAAGCAAUAUUUGUUUAAUUCAUAGGGGCCGGUUGAACUAUUUGCAUGAGGAGCCAGAUGUAAAACUGUGUAUACUCAGCGGGCUCCUUUACAGGACCAAAAUGAUCUCCUUUGUUAUAUAUUAUUCCUUCUGUGCAUGUGGCUGGCAAUGGCAUCAACCAAGUGGUAGGAGGAAAAUCUUAGAGAAAAGCAAUAUUCAGGGGAACUUGAUUCCAACCCCCCCCCCCCCCCCGUGG